UUAGAUUAGAGUGAAGUAUGUGACUUACUUGAAAGGUCCCAGUGUUCAGCUGCACUUGGAAUGAGAAGACAACAUUCCUUGUCAGGUUGUCAUAUAAUAAGACGAUAUAAACGGGCGUUAUCUACAACCUUCUCUUUUUGAAACCACUCAUCCUGGCAUUCUAGGAAAGGAGAAAGGCCUUGUUCAAAUUCUAGAGAAAAAAGAAAUGCCGACGUUGAAUUUGUUCACAAAUCUGCCAGUGGAUGCAGUGGUGGCCUCUGACAUUCUCAAGGACGCCACCAAAGCCGUUUCUAAAAUCAUUGGCAAACCCGAGUCUUAUGUGAUGAUUUUGCUGAACGGGUCAGUGCCUAUGGCAUUUGCGGGCACGGAAGAACCGGCAGCCUACGGAGAAUUAAUCUCCAUUGGGGGCAUUGGACCGAGUGUUAAUGGAAAACUGAGUUCAACUAUUGCAGAAAUUCUGGAAACCAAGCUUUCCAUCGAUAGCUCCCGCUUCUAUAUCAAAUUUUAUGACGUUGAGCGGCCCUUCUUUGGGUUUAACGGCUCAACAUUUUGAUCACCACUGUUCUUGGAUAAUGUUUCUAUGAAGUGUAGAAGGAGCCGUAUGGUCCUGGAUAGUGGAGGCGAACCAAUCUGGUUCCUCCUUCAUCCAGACCAAACUGUUAGAGAUGACAAGGGCGAAACGAGUUAAAUUUGUGAGCAGCUGUAGGGACAAAACUAAAAGGAAAUAAAUUGAAACCGGCGCAGAAGAGAAUGUAUUUCGUCAACAAGCCCGCCCAACAGCCAAGCCGUCAUCAUGUUAGAGAAGCUGCACCACCUCUUGAACACACCUUGAAAGGCCAAGGUCGAUAUCCCCAACUUCAUUGUCAGAUAGCCAUGGCUAACGAUUUUCUUGUCAGAGUUGUCGGAAUUGGGCAAAUUUAGACAUGAAAGUGAGGUUUUAGGAUGAUUUUUUUUUUUUUUUUAAACGAGGCAAAAUAAGUUUUGGGAUGUAAAGUGAGACGCAUUGUUUGUGGGCAUAAGCAUAAUCAAGUCUAUUUACAUUAUGUAAUAU